CGACGCACGCUCGUUUGUACACGAGCAUAGAGCCCUCAGCUCCUCGGCGGCCCUCCCCUCGUCUCCGUCCGGGUCGCCACUCCCCGCCCUCGGAGCUCCCGGGCGGCGGCAGCCAUGUACCGGGUCGCCGGCAGCCACCUCCGCGCUCUCAAGCAACAUGGUUCUAGUAGGUUUGCUAGUACAAGUGUUGUGAAGCAGUCUUCUGGUGGUUUAUUUGGUUGGCUUCUUGGUAGCAAGCCAACCCAGUUUCCAGCUCUUGAUGUCCCUCUCCCAGGCGUCACCAUUCCUCCACCACUACCAGACUUUGUAGAGCCAGCCAAGGCAAAAGUUACCACUCUCCCGAAUGGCAUCAAAAUUGCUUCAGAAACAUCAACGAGUCCAGCAGCAACAGUGGGAUUGUAUAUUGAUUGUGGUUCUAUGUAUGAAACACCUGGUUCAUCUGGAGCAUCGCAUCUACUGGAGAGAAUGUCAUUCAAGAGCACCACAAACAGGAGUCAUUUGCGGCUAGUACGCGAGGUAGAGUCCAUUGGAGGGAAUGUUUCUGCAAUAGCUACUCGUGAACAAAUGUGCUAUACCUAUGAUGCAUUCAGGGCCUAUGUACCUGAUAUGGUCGAAGUACUUAUUGAUAGUGUGAGAAACCCAGCAUUUCUUGAUUGGGAGGUUAAAGAGCAGCUGGAGGAGAUGAAAGCUGAAAUAGCUGAAUUUUCUGCUAAUCCUCAAGGUUUACUUUUAGAGGCUCUCCAUUCUGCUGGCUAUACUGGGGCACUGGCAAAGCCCUUGGUGGCACCAGAGCCUGCCAUACAUAAAUUGGACAGUGGUGUUCUUAAGGAAUUCGUUGCUGAAAACUACACAGCACCCAGGAUGGUCCUAGCGGCAUCAGGAGUUGAGCAUGAUGUGCUAGUUUCAAUUGCUGAGCCACUUCUCUCUGAUCUUCCUGCUGUGAAGCGUCCAGAAGAGCCAAAAUCAGUUUAUGUGGGAGGAGACUAUCGUUGUCAAGCAGACUGUCAAAACACACAUUUUGCUCUUGCUUUUGAAGUGCCAGGUGGAUGGUAUGAAGAGAAAACAGCUAUUACUGUAACUGUCCUUCAGAAGCUCAUGGGGGGAGGUGAUUGGUUCUGUACUGGCGGUGUUGGGAAGGGCUUGUAUUCUCGAUUAUCUCUCCGGAUAUUAAGCCACUACCAUCAGAUCGAAUCAUUCUCCGCUUUCAAUCAUAUCCACAACUAUUCUGGUCUUUUUGGAAUUCUUGCAACAACCAGUCCAGAUUUUGCCUCGAAGGCUGUGGAUUUGGCAGCAGGGGAACUUCUUGAAGUUGCCACUCCUGGAAAUGUUACACAAGGACAGCUUGAUCGAGCUAAACGGGCAGCAAAGUGUAAAGUUUUGAUGGACUUGGAAUCAAGAGCUGUAGCAUGUGAAGACAUUGGGAGGCAGGUUAUGACUUAUGGUGAAAGGGAACCCAUCGAGAAAUUCUUGAAAGAUGUCGAAGCAAUUACUCUGAAUGACAUUUCUUCAACUGCCAAGAACAUUAUUUCUACACCCCUUACAAUGGCAUCAUGGGGUGAUGUUACUAAUAUCCCAACCUACGAGUCUGUUAGCAGGAAGUUUCAUUCAAAGUGAGGGAAAGCCCGUUGCAAGACAUGUUCCGGCUGCACAAGAUGUGCAGAGAUGUGUAACUCUUGUGGCAAUGGCCCUAACCACUGGAACCCACUGAACACAUCGUUUUACUCACUGAACACAUGGUUUCUUUUGCAGCGGGAUGCCCGUAGAGAGACAACAGAUCGGUAUUUGCGUUAAAGAGAAUUAUCUGAUGUUUGACAAACAUUAUUUUGCGGUUCAACAAGCAUUUCUUUUGGAGCGACUAGGAGGAAUGGAGGAUGCUCACUACCAUGGGCCCAAGCCUGCUCGCUCCUCCAAUUUUCUUGUACAUUUUUUUUCUUUGACAUAUGUGUGCUACAUUGAAGCGAGCAUUUGCCUUAUGCAACAAAUUUUUCUACAUUAGCUCUUCAUCCUUGUGUUUUUUCAUAGGAUACAAGAGUAUCUUUGCAAUCCUACUAUUAUGAUUGGCUUCGUUUCUCA